AUGCCGGUGCUGGAACGGAACUACAUUUCCCAGCUUGCACCGCGGUCUGCCACUCGUGGAGUGCGAGACAUGCUGGGAUUUGUAGUCUUAGAAGAGGGAAGUUCAGUCUUUGAGUUGCAGAGUGUUGAGGCGCACGCGCAGGUCCCUGGCGGGUAUUUCUUUACUGAGCAGCCAGGCCCUACACCCCAGUCUCCUCAAAGACCCCCAAGGGGAUUCCAAAGUCUGCCCCCAGCUGGGUACAGACCAAGGAUGACUUUUCUUUGGCAGCUUCCCCAAAGGCUGUUCCUUCUGGGGACAACUGCUCUGACUGUGUCUGCCCUGGGGACAGCGGACCUGACAGACCUGUGCGGACAGACAUGGCAAGGGGAUGCGCUGCAGCUGCGCUCGCACUCGGCUUCUCGCAAGUUCUACUUUGUGACUCCGAACACCGACUGCGUGCUGUGGCUGCAUGCGGCGACCCCUGAAGACAGGAUGCGCUUCCAGUUCCGCUUCUUCCUGGUCUACAGCCUGUCCUCUGCCACCCGGAUCACCGCAGCUACCGUGACCACCACGGCCACCCGGGCUCCCAAUGACCCGUGCGCACCAGGCUCCUACCUGCAGUUCUAUGAUGGCCCGCAGGGGGCGCCCCGGGCCCUCGGACCCCCAACCUGCGGCCUGACCAUCCCCGCCCCUCUCACGUCCUCGGGACCCUGGCUUGGCCUGCGCUUGGUCACCAGGGGCCGCCAGCCCCGUGUGGAUUUCUUGGGCGAGGUGACCUCUUUCCGCCUGGGGUUUUGCGGCACCUACUUCCGCUGUCGGAAUAGCAGGUGUGUGCCCCGGAGCCUGCUGUGUGAUGACAGGGACAUGGACAACUGUGGUGACGGCAGUGACCAGGACACCCGACCCCCAGCCAGCUGCAGAGGUCCCUCUCUGGUACCCACGCAGACCCUGAGAAUGGAAGAUGACAGUUCCAGUCCUCUGACUCUCCUCAUGGCUCUUGGCUCUGCAGUGGAGAGGACCUCUCCAGCAAGCCUGGCACCCAUCACACAAGAAGUGUUGGAAGGUGCCUGGAUCCGGUGGGUGGCUCUGGCCUCCUCAAUACUGUUGACCUCCACUGGCCUCCUCUGGUGGUGCUGCUGCUGCCCAGGUUGGCUGGGUUGGCACCCAGGGGCUCACAGGCUCUGUCUCAGAUGCUGCACAUCCUACAAUGAUUGCCACCUGUGUCCUGGUCGGGUGGCUCCUGGGGAUCUGUGGCUGAACCAGGGAGGCCGUCCUUAG